UUCCGGAACUGCGUCACCAUCCUGUAAACGCUGCCAUUUGGGGAAACUGCGUGUUUAUUGUUCAGCUGUCUAAUUUUCACAUAAAACAGUUCAUCAUGGCUAUGCAAGCAGCGAAACGCGCUAAUAUACGAUUACCUCCUGAGGUCAACAGAAUCCUUUACAUCAGGAACCUUCCUUACAAGAUUACAGCGGAGGAAAUGUACGACAUCUUUGGGAAAUACGGACCAAUACGUCAAAUCAGAACAGGGAACACACCCGAAUCAAGAGGAACAGCCUAUGUGGUUUAUGAAGACAUCUUCGAUGCCAAGAACGCCUGUGACCAUCUGUCAGGCUUCAACGUUUGCAACCGUUACCUGGUGGUUCUCUACUACAACGCAAACAGAGCUUUCCAGAAAAUGGACACAAAGAAGAAAGAGGAACAGCUGAAGCUCCUAAAAGAGAAAUAUGGCAUCAACACGGACCCUCCAAAGUAGCCUUCCAACAAAAACCCCUCUUUUCCUGUCAUGUCCACAAUUUUUCUUUUUAUCUGUACAAACCUCAUAUGUUCUUUUGUUGCUCUGCUGAUAAUUUACUGAUUAAGUUGAGAAACAAUGUUUUGCCUUCUUUUAAUUAUUUUGUUCUUAUGAGGAGUCAGAUAUGUACAAAGAUUCUGGUUAGACUUGCAGCAUUUGAGUCAGCAUCUGAGCAUGGAGCCAUUUGGCAUGACAGUCACAAAUAAUGCUGUUUCUCAGUGUCGGUUGGAUUUGUGUAAUAGGACUUUAAAUUUGUGGAUCUCCUCUCAAAUUGAUUUACAAGUGGGACGAACUUUUACAAGGAUUUGUGUAGUGGCUGAUCAUUGUUUUUGCACCCUGGGCAACAUUAAAAUCUGCCUGAGCAGAUUGUUAAAGUUGAUUAGUACUGAGUGUGUAAAGUAUAUUGACUCUGUAAAAUAAAUGUUUUCUUUUCUAAAA